GCUUAUCAAGAUAUAGAAGAUGAAGAUUUAUUUAAAGGUGAAGAUUCAAGUGAAGAAGAAGGUGAAAUGAUAAUUCUUGGUUUAACUUUAUUACUUGAAAUACGAUAUUUUGAGCAAAGAACUCAUGUAAUAAAAUCAAAAAAUUGGAGGUGUAAUAUUUUACCAAAUUAUGAUGAUAUCAGAUUUAAAAAAAUAAUGAGAAUGGAUUCUAUAAAUUUUCAAAAGCUAAUAUCAGUAUUAAAUCCUCUCCCAAUUUUUCAAAAUAAUAGUAAUAAUUUACAAGCCUCUGUUGAACUUCAACUUGCAGUUUUUUUAAAAAGGAUUGGUUCUAAAGAAAAUAUUUUUGAAAUAAGUUCAAG